AUGGUUUUUUUACCCUGGGCUGCUAUACAGGGCAAACUAGACUCCAGCAGGAUCAAGGCGCCUAAGUAUCCGCAGCUUGAAGCUGCAUUAAUUCAGUUCAUUUCUCAAGCAAGAUCAAUGCCGGUGAAGAUCCCCGUCGGCACCCGAGUUCUGAAGAUCCAGGCGAGAACUAUCGCCCUGCGCCUAAGCAUCACCAACUUCAAGGAACGUGGAGGUGGGUGGUUGACAAGGUUCAAAAGGCGAAACAAGGUCCUCUUCCACAAGCAGUCUGGUGAGUCCGCUGACGUGCCCCAUGCCACGAUUAAGGCCUGGCGCACGCGUGUCCUGCCGGCCCUGCUCAAAGGAUAUGAACUCCAGGAUAUCUACAAUGCCGAUGAGUCUGGGUUAUUCUUCAAUCUACUGCCUGACUCGAGCAUGUGCCUGGAAAAAGAAGAUACCCAUGGCAAUAAACAGUCCAAAGCCCGCCUGACAGUCCUCCUGGGCAGCAAUGCUCAUGGGAGCAACUAA